AUGACGGAGGCGUCGCCGCGGCUGACGCCGGAAGAAGAGAAGCUCACGAUAAGAGACAUUACUGUCGCCGCCGAGUCUCAAACUAAGGAAGGCGACACUUUUUAUUUAAUUACUCAAAGGUGGUGGCAAGAUUGGCUUGAUUAUGUGAAUCAUAGCCAGCCGGCCAAUUCAAAUGAUGGGUCUUCCUUAGAGCUGCAUGAUUCAGUUGGAUCAAAUGCUCUUAAAAGGCCUUCAAGUAUUGAUAAUUCUGAUUUGAUAGAUGAAGCAGAGUCAGGGAAACCAUCUCUGGGGAAUGAGCUGCAUGACACCCUUGUAGAAGGCACAGAUUACAUAUUGCUUCCAGAAAAAGUAUGGAAUCAAUUUUAUGCAUGGUAUGGCGGGGGUCCUGUACUAGCACGGAAAGUGAUAAAUUCUGGUCUCUCUCAAACUGAAUUGUCAGUAGAAGUUUAUCCUUUGCGUCUGCAGUUGCAUCUGAUACCGAAAGGGGAUCAUUCUACUACAAGGAUUAGCAAAAAGGAAACCAUUGGAGAACUUUACAAAAGAGCUUGUGAGAUCUUCCAUCUUAAUGCAGAAGAAGUGCGCAUUUGGGAUUACCUUGGCCGAAGUCAUGUUUUGAUGGAUAAUAUGGAGAAGACACUUGAUGAGGCUAAUAUACAAAUGGAUCAGGAUAUUUUGGUGGAGGUUGGUACUAUUGGUAGUGUUCCAAGUUCUGUUCUAGAGAAUGGAGCUGCUGGCAACGGAACUCCGGCUUUAGUGGAGCCAUCACGUCACUCAAUUGCUGGUGGUAUGUCUGCAAACAGAGGUUUAUCCCGGAAUGGCAACUCGCUGCCGAACUUGGACUCUGUUAAGGAGGCAGAUAAGACAUAUGGGACCUCUGGCGUCAGCACGAGGGGGUCUUCAUGUGGUUUGACUGGAUUGAUGAACCUGGGUAACACAUGUUUCAUGAACAGUGCCAUACAAUGUCUUGUUCACACUCCAGAGUUUGCACGUUACUUCCGUGAAGAUUAUUAUCAAGAAAUAAACAGGCAAAAUCCUCUAGGCAUGGUUGGUGAAUUAGCUUUAGCCUUUGGCGACUUGCUUCGGAAGCUUUGGGCACCAGGCAGGAACCCAGUUGCCCCUCGGCCGUUUAAAUCGAAGCUUUCUCGUUUUGCACCACAAUUCAGUGGAUACAAUCAGCAUGAUUCCCAGGAGCUCCUCGCCUUCUUGUUGGACGGGCUUCACGAAGACCUGAACCGUGUCAAGCAUAAACCAUACAUAAAAUCUAAGGAUGCAGAAGGUAGAUCUGAUGAAGAAGUAGCUGAUGAGUAUUGGGCGAAUCACAUUGCUCGUAAUGAUUCAAUUAUUGUGGAUGUAUGCCAGGGCCAAUAUAAGUCGACACUGGUUUGUCCUGUGUGCAAGAAAGUCUCUGUAACAUUUGAUCCAUUCAUGUACCUCUCAUUGCCCCUCCAAUUUACAUCAAACCGAAGUAUGACAGUUACAGUUUUCACUUGUGAUGGAAGUGCACCUCCUGCUGCUUACACCGUGGCGGUCCCUAAGCAGGGGCGUUGCAGGGACCUGCAGCAAGCACUUGCUACACCAUGUUCUUUGAAGCAAAAUGAAAAACUCUUGCUUGCAGAAAUACGGGGCCACAAAAUAUAUCAGUACAUGGAAGAUCCGCUGAUACCCCUUUCUUCUAUUAAAGAUGAUGAGCACCUUGUAGCAUAUAAGAUUCCAAACUUACCAAAGAAUACGAAGUACCUCCAGUUGAAUCACCGACGGGAGGAAAGGGAAGCUGGUAGUGGCAUGAAACCUUAUGGAACUCCUCUUGUAUCCUCAAUCUUAUGUGAGGAUGUACUUACCAGUAGUGACAUACAGUCAAUUGUUCACACCAUGCUUUCACCCAUGUUAAGAGCUGAAAAUGGCGGGCAAGUGAAUCAGACUACUACUCGUUCAUCAGCUGCGGCCGCUCAGUUGCCUGCAGCUACUAAUUCAACUGAAGAAUGCAGUAAUGGCAGCUUACCUUCAAAACACGAGAAUGGUGGCAGUUCGAGAGUGACUGACCUCCAGAAACUUCCAUUGGUUUUUGUGGAUGAAAAUAAUGUAUGCAUUGAGCUAAGCAGUAUUGCUGAUGAUAAGACACUCAAAUACUCUUCAUCAUCACCAUCAAUAUUGGUAUUUAUUAAUUGGUCAAAGAAGCUCCUUAAAAAUUACGACACACAUUACCUGGAAAACUUGCCCGAAGUCUCUAAAUAUGGGCCCCCAACCAAGAAAGCUCGUACCGAACCUCUUUCAUUGUAUACUUGCCUGGAAUCGUUUUUACGUGAGGAGCCUCUGGUUCCUGAAGACAUGUGGUACUGUCCUCGAUGCAAAGAGAGACGACAAGCUAGUAAAAAGCUCGAUCUUUGGAGGCUUCCUGAAGUACUUGUCAUCCAUCUUAAAAGGUUUUCAUACAGCAGAUCGAUGAAGCAUAAGUUGGAAACUUUUGUCAAUUUUCCCAUCCAUGAGUUUGACUUGACAAACUAUGUAGCCAACAAAAACAACUCACAGCGGCAGCUGUAUGAAUUAUAUGCUUUAACUAACCACUAUGGUAGCAUGGGAAGUGGGCAUUACACAGCAUAUAUUAAGCUUCUCGAGGAAAAUAGGUGGUACAAUUUCGAUGACAGCCAUAUAUCAACUAUAAAUGAAGAUGAUGUGAAGUCUCCUGCUGCCUAUGUACUCUUUUAUAGGAGGGUCAAAACUGAGAAACCAUUAAGCACCAAAAAGCAGUCUUAG